AUGGGAAAUUGUUCUCUCAAAGGGGUUAUGGAAGAAAGUCCUAACAACAUCAGGGUUCUAACAGAUUAUGGGGGUAUUGUAGAGUUCAAGGGUCCUAAGUUAGCCAAAGAUGUCCUUAAUGAAUAUCCCGGUUACAGCAUUUUUAGGCAGGGUCAUGCUUCAUCUCCAUUGUCUACCCACGAGUACCUACUUGGCGGGCAAUUUUACUAUCUUCUUCCACUUCAAAAUGAGCAGAAAUUACGUGACACUAAAGUUACUAGUCAAGUUCACGGCAUGGGGUUGGCCAAGAAGAAGGUGGCUAUGGAGUGGAUUAAUGAGAUUGAGCCUCCAAAGGUGUCAUCUAGUACAGCAGCGAUGGAUUAUGUAGAGGACUUAGCGACCGGACCGGGUCUCGAGGUCCUGCCUGCGCUAGGGGACGGGGUUUGGAGAGUGAAGUUGGCGAUCAACACCAAGCAAUUAGAAGAAAUUUUGUCUGAACAAGUGAAUACCGAGGCCUUGAUUGAGAAGAUGAGAAUGGCCGCAAGCUCAGCGAGUUUGACGCCUCGGCGUGGCAAGAGUUCUUGGAAGCCAGCCCUCUCUAAUGUAUUCAGGGUUCCACAUUGA